CUCUUGAGAGUUUGGCUGUUGGUGAUUUUUGAAUGUAGGUGUAAAAUUAUGCUUCUAACAGUAUGAACAUCGUCAGUGUUGUUUUAGUGGAUAGAAAAGCCAUAUGUUUCCUCUUAUUACAUUGUUAGAGCAUUACUGGUACUUACUAAAUGACCAGAUAAUUUACUGAUAAUUUCCUGUUUGCUGUGCCCAUGUGUUUUUAUGUUGUUGUCUAACAUUACACUAAUCAACUUCAGCUGGAAAUUACUUUCACACGGACAGAAUCAAAGUGAUGUUCAGUCAGAAAACAUGUUCGGUCAUGUGCCUGUUUGUCUGGCCUCCAUCCAGUUCUGAUCCCUGGUUGGUUGCAUCACUUCUAAACAGAAAAAAAAGUAAUAACAGACAGACAGAGGGAGGAAGAAUGCCAUUUUUUGGAGGCAGGGGAGUGGUGCAUUUCCUUUAAUCAUAUAACGAAAGCAGUGGUAUCCUUCCUUCCUGCCUCCUUUUGUGUCUCAGAUACUUUCAAAGGGUUAUGGAUGGUGAAUACCGCAGAUCUCCUCUGUAUUUGCAGACAAAGGGACAUCAGUCUGCUCAACCUCUGCACGGGAUGUCUGAGGGGGAUGUCACAGUGCUGCCAUUUGGCUCUCCGUCUCUGGAUCUGUCCAAGCCGGAGCAACGCAUGCUGAUGAGGCUCUACAGUCAGAAUGGAGGGUAUCACCUGAAGAUUUUACCAGAUGGAACUGUGAGCGGUGGGAGGCAGGAAAAUGAUCCUUAUGAUAUCUUGAGGAUAAAAGCUAUGAGUGUGGGAGUGGUGGUCAUCAAAGGCGAGAUGACCGGAAGGUACCUGGCCAUGAACAAAAACGGACACCUCUACGGAUCACAAGCACUGAAUGAUGAGUGCUACUUUUUGGAGAAGUAUGAGGAGAAUCAUUACAACACAUAUCGCUCCCAGAAAUACAGCUGGUAUGUUGCUUUGAAGAGGAAUGGCAAGCCCAAAGCAGGACCGGACACCCACCAGGGUCAAAAGGCCAUCUUUUUCCUUCCAAGGUCUGCAGGCAACAUGUAAACCAAGACGGCACAAGCAACCACGCUCACAGAAGUUUUUAGAGCAAUGUUAUGCUGGAUAAAAUAUCCAUAAAAUCCAUCCACGCAAGUAAAACCUGAGGCAAAUAUGUUUUAUGGUUAGCUCUAUCUUAAUGCCAACAACUCAAAUGUUUGAUUAUCAGACUUUUCCAGCUCAUAUAAACUGUUUUGACAUCAUUAUCCUGUGGAUAUGAGCUGAUAUCCAGACUAGUCUUUGCUUGUAAGUACACAUCAGUCCUCCUCAUUGCAGAGAGAAAAUAUGUCAAGCAUCAGCAAAUGUCCUUGUUAGUAAAUGAGUGUUCACUUUGAGCCCUGGUUUGAAAUACCACUGCUGGGAGAAAGAAAUACACAAAGUACACAGAGAUAGCUGCACCGUCAAUCAUGUCUGGAAGAAUGAAGUAUAAAUAGGGAGCAAUAAAUAAAGCUUUAAGGUCUGCAGCACAGGGACUGUUAGAAUUAUUUCAAUAUUUUGUUCUUGUUUGACUUUGAAUGUCUGACGGCUUGUCCAAACCUGGAUGAAGCGUUUUUCUGUAAGAAAGUUGUUUUGGAAAUAUCUGCCAAAAAGGCAAAAAAAAAACGAAAACAUCAUGGUGCAUCUUCUUAGGAGUUGUCAUUAAGUUUUAAUAUAGGUGAAUGUUUGGGUAGGUGUGGACCCAGAUGUUGGCCGAAUGGAAGUUAUUUGAUUCUAGGUACUGUAAAAGUAAGGGUGAUGGACCAGAGACAUCUUUCUGCCCAAAACCACAAUUUUAUUUUCACUCAGCUUGACAGAUGCAUGAAGGUUCUGUUAAACCUUUUUUCCAUUUCACAACAUGUAUGAUAUUAUAAUAGCUUACACUACUAUUGUGAAUACUUAUUUGUAUAGUUUUACUACAAAUACUAUCUAAUUUUACUCUUUAAUUGAUAU